AUCUCCAAGCCAUCUACAGCGGGAAAAACAUGGAGUCCGCUCCGGCAGCCCCCGAUCCAGUCACCGCCGAGCCGGGCAGCAGCGUCUCCGAGCCGGCCGCCGGCGCCAGGGACACCCCGGUCAACCUGGAGCCUGCCCGGAAAAGCGAAGCGCCGGCUCCAGUCCGCAGGCAGAGCUACUCCAGCAGCGGCGGCAGCAGCAGAGCUGAAGAAGCAACCCAGAUGUUGUUAGCUAACAAUGCAGACAGCACCAUCAUCCCGCUAUCCCAGUGUCGGGGUGAGGUUAACCCCUGGAUGGAAAAUCUAAUCCUAGCAAGACAGAGUUCAUGUUGGUGGGACAGGAGAAGCACUUUGAAGAACUACUCAAAGCUAUAACCCCUCUCUCCCUGGAAGGUGUCUCCUUUCUCAUGGCCCGGAUGGUGGUAUACCGCCUGAGUUUUACAGGAUCCCACUCUGCUCCUGCCUACCUCUAUAGCGACGGUGCAUAGCAAUGCCUUUUCACCCUCUUCAGCUGUCCAGGAAGCAGUGCCUGUGCCUUUCAGCUGUGAAUGUGGCCAUGUCGAUCCAUCUGUUCAUCAUAACCAGGCUCAGCUGCUUCUCUGAACUUCAUCUAGGGAUGGAAAGGGAGGUGAUGAGAAAGUUCCAGGUCGUUCACCCUUUAGCAGCCCAGUGGCUACAUUACCCAGGGUGAUAAAAACACAUCAUUGAAUGGUUAUUUGUGUAACAUGGGCCGCCCUUUUGGAUACCAGAUUGUAAUCAAGAUCCUGAUAAUUAUACUCAAUAUGCUGGGCCCCAUUUAUUUUGGUGAUUCUUUCUGCACAACCUAUUACAACCGCUGUGCUUUAUUAGGGUGCUGGAGCUGUUUGUGCCCAGGACGAAGCUCACAGGGGCAAAGGAAGAGGGCUUUCUUGGCUGCUGAGGCUCAACUAUGAAAUCGUCUUCCAUCACACAGGUCAACAUAACGUCUUGCCACCUUCUGAAUUUAGAGUGAGACCUGGCUCUUUGCAAACGCCUUCCUACCAUAGCAACUGUAAGGAGUGGUCUGAAGAUGAGUUAAUGAAACCUUUGAAACUCAAACAAGCUAUGCAACUUUAUUGCUGUAUAAGGAGUUGAGAAAGGAGGAAAACAAAGCCCUUUGAAACUGUUUGUUGCUUUAGAUUCUGAGCACCAACAAAAUUACAUCAACUGAUAGUUACA